CGAUCUUUGACGCCCAGGGCUCACCAUUGGACCUGUGCCGCGAACUCGCAGGCCUUCCGGCGUUCGCGUCGCAAGGUAGGCUGCCGACGGCAUAGGGUGAAGGAGGGGCCAUGACUCGAGAUCGCCUCACCCUCCACUUCAGCUGCACGCUCUAAGACAACCUUGACCUUGCGCUUAAUUUAUGAGCUGGAUGGCCACCGCGGGCCUAGGUGGAACACGAGCCAAAACAGCGGCUCGUCUUUCCCAAUACUGCUCCCCUCUGUUCACUAUUGUCGCGCAAUUUUUGUAAUGACACUAGGUACUACGGAUAGACUGCGAGUCUAUGAGUCUUCGACCUUUCAGCCCAUCCCACGUUCCCGGGACUUAAUCCACACCAUAUGGGGUUAACGCGAGCUAGGCCAUCACUCAUCAAGGAACUUGAUCUUGAUAACCACGAUAUGAAACCAACCUAGACUGCGCACCAUGAUACAUCAGAUUCUCCGCCAUGUUGCUACCUUCCAUCUGAUCGAAUUCAUAUCAUAAAGCGGCCCGGCCUCCCCCCUCCCCGUACGGGUGAUCCGUUACUUCGAGUCCGACCUGCCCCUGACCUCUAAUCCAAACCCCCUACCCUUCGCAAUGUCGAACGCAACGACCUCAGCGAAGAUUGGAAAACCGCCAAACAACACGAGGGACUACAACAUCAUCAGGGGUAUCUACCGACAGUAUGGCGUUACGACACUCGACCCCAGUCUGGGCUACCUCUUCGCCGCAAAGGAGCCCGCGAACGCCGUCCACGAGUCUAAGCAGGGCGCCAUCAUUGCAGGAAUGAUCAUUGUCCUACUCGCCAUCAUCGUACCGACAGCAGGAAGACUUUGGGUUCGCGGACGGGGAGCACAAACCAAGUUUGGAUGGGACGACUGGGUUAUCAUAGCGGCGGCAACUCUCGCAGUGGUAUAUCCGAUACUACAGAUCCUCGUCGUCGUCGACGCUGGAGGCGGCACGCACACCUGGGAGAACACCUACGACGACUACCAGUUCUACUCCUACUACCUCACCAUCUGUCGACUACUAUACUACCCCACGGUCGGCAUUAUUAAGAUAUCCAUCACUCUCUUUAUCAGACGGCUCGUCGACACGGCGUAUAGGACGUGGAGAAUUCUUGCGGAUAUUUUCCUCGUCACGGUUGUUGCGUAUGUCAUUGCUGCCUUAUUCUGGAGCAUCUUCCUUUGCAAUCCGCCACGAGCUGUUUGGGAUAGAGAGUUUGCAGGAGCCUUGGCAGAGCCAGCGACGUGUGGAAACCAGUUCCUCAGUGCGAAGGUCCUCAGCAUCAUCCACGUGGUGCAGAGUGUCCUCCUCCUCGCAACACCAAUCAUUAUCUUGUGGAGCAUUCGUAUUGAUAGAGGCAAGAAGAUUAGGCUCUUCAUCAUCUGGGCUGCGGGAGGGCUGACCGUCACUGGCGGCCUGUUGCAACAGCUGCAGCCAUUCACGUCAACUGACAUUUUCUGGGACUACACCAUCAUCUUGAGAUGGACGGUGCUCGACAUAUCCAUGGGCAUCGUGACGGCCUCACUACCGGUGCUUGAUGCGGCCAUCAUGGGAUCAUGGCAUGCGGCUAAAUCUACACUUGGGCUCUCGAAUCCAGACAAGCAGAACAGCAGGGGGACGAAAGGUACCAGAGGAACAAACGUCGAGACAAUCAGUUCCGGGCCACGAAAGAAUUAUGCCAGCUCGGCCGAGAACAUCGUCGGCAAGGACGACGGCCUUGAGAUGGACGUUAUUCAACACAACGGACCCGACGAUACGGGUGACAAUCACUCGAUCCCAGACACUACGGGCCAUGAUAGACGGCACAGGGUCAAUAACAUGGUAUGAAGAAACGAUUUCGAUGAUAGAAGUAACAUAGUGUAAUCGACAGACAUAAGAAAAAUUGUCAAAACACCAUUGCUAUGCAAAUUCCAACCAGAAUCCAUCGUUCAUCACAUAUUCACAAUCACGGCCAAUUCCUAAGUCCCCGAAAUCCCGACCAGAUGUGAGGCGUCAGAUGUAUGCGCAGAACCGGACCUGGCAGCAUCCCGAGAAAACACCCCUGCUCUGUCGUAAGCGAACCCCAGAGACAAUUUUGCAUGGGCAUCAUGGGCUCCACGGCUGCCCUCGAUUGCCCCCAAAGACUGGCAGAAAAAGCCUGCGCAAAUCUUGUGAUACAUCCCUGAGGCUUUUUCUCGCGAGCAGAUUGUCGAUCGCCUUGUCCGUGCUUGUUUGGACUCCCAGACGUAAUGUGGGUGUGCCGCGCGCGGAUGGGUCCUUGAUAAACCGCGGCCGACGACCCAUUUUACUGGGAGACAAUGACUCGAACCUCGUUGAUUUUGCUUUUCGAUCAGGACAGACCCGAG